AUGAGGUCCGCAUACCGCCCGUCAACAACGGCGGUUGCCCUGGUCGCAGCUGCUUGCCUACCGCUGGCUGUUAGCUUCAACUCCAUCCGGAUCGCACAUGAACAGCACCAGCGCCACUUCGGCCGUUCGCCGGAAUGGCACAGCGGUAUCAUCGGCCGCGGCGAGACAGUUGGCCACGCAAGGCCCAGCACAGCUCGUGGGUGUGCUUCCCGAGGCGCGGAGGUGGCUCUAACGAGAGAGGCCGGAAAGAACGGAAAGCUUGCGAAGCUCCUAACGGAUGCGGGCAUUUCCAGCGUUGAGGUCCCCUGCAUCGCGCACCAAGACGGGCCGGACCUGCCCCUGCUGCCCGCCGCCCUCGCCGACCCGGGCCUCGCGUACGUCGUGGUCACCUCCCCGGAGGCGGCCAAGGUGUUCCUUGCCGGCUGGGCGAAGGCCGGGGUGCCCGGGGUGCCCGUGCCCGUGGCCUGCGUCGGCAAGGCCACCGGGGACGCGCUCCGCGCGGGCGGAGUUUCUCCCGUGUUCACCCCGUCCAAGGCGACCGGCGAGACUCUGGCGGCGGAGAUACCUCUUCCCCCCUCCGCCCCCGCCGAUGACACUGCGGCCGCCGCGGCGGCACCAUCAGAGGCGGAAGAAACAACGGGUGCAGGAGGGGAAGGGGGAUCGUCGUCGCCGGGAGGCGGCCCUCGAGUUCUCUACCCGGCCUCCGCAAAGGCGCAGAAUACCCUGGAGUCCGGGCUGCGGGCGAGGGGCUUCGAGGUGCGCCGGCUCAACACGUACGACACCGUGCCGGCCACCUGGGACGAGAGCGCCGAGGCGGCGGCGGCGGGAGCGUCGGUGGCGGCGUUUGGGAGCCCCAGCGCAGUCAAGACGUGGGCGGCGCGGAUGGGGGUUGUCGCCGCAGGUGUAGGGGGAGCUGGAGCAGAAGGCAGUGGCGGGGGGGAAAGCGGUGGAGGUGGGGCGCUGGCCGCUUGCAUCGGGGAGACAAGCGCGCGGGCGUGCCGAGAGGCCGGGUGGGCCGAGUCGGCGAUUUUUUACCCUGAGAAGCCUGGGAUGGAGGGGUGGGCGAAGGCUGUCGGCCAAGCGUUGGCUGCCGUGGAAACCUUCCCCUCCUCGCCCGCUAAGGCGGGGGCUAGCGCGGGGUAA